AGAUUAGAAAACAAGGCCCUUCGUCCAAAGAUUUGUUAUAAAUUAAUUGUAAAUCUGGAACACACAAAACGAUAUCUUCUCCCUCAAAAAAUGGGAAGUGAAUGAGGGUAACUUCCCCAUACAGAACGUGUGAGAAUGAAGGAGGGUACGGUUGGAAAGUUUAACGUCAUUCCGCAAUAACGGCAGUUCUCUCGGUGGCAGCUGUGCGGCGACUCGUCUCAGGUCUGAGCGUUCCAUCUGAUGAACAGCUCGUUAGAUGAGGAAGGAACUUUCAGGCCUCAAAAUUCUAAUUCGCACACCAGUGCUGGCGGAGCCAGCUAAAGAUGUCAUGAGCGUAGCCAACUGCAGGCAGACUACUUCCUGUUAACGCCUCAGUAACAGGCUCAGAGGGCCAGGGAGGCCGUACAGGCGGUUUCUGUUCUGACGUUUCAGAUGCAGUCCACGCUCUCCCGGGGAUUAAAAAAUAACAGCAUUUCAUCGGCGAUAUCAUGGCUACUGCCCUCUGCUGGUGGAACUGGGUGAUUCUGUGUCUCCUGCUCAGACAUGUUGGGUGUGGAUGGAAGCAUCCAUUUCCCUGUGAAAUCGUAGACUACAAUUCCACAAUCAAAUUUGAUUGCUACGGGCUUAGGCUGCGGGAAGUGCCUACGUGGAUCGCUCGGAACGCCACGGAGAUUUGUCUUGGCGAAAACCGUAUCAAAAACAUAUCUGCCAAAGCGUUCGAUGGACUGUGGAACCUGACGCGUCUCAAUCUCAACUGGGCGAACGACAAUCGUGCGGUGCAAAUCGCCGAUGGGGCGUUCUCGCAUCUAGCAAACCUUCAGGAGCUGAACCUCUGCGGUAUCGUUCUUCAGAAUGUUCCAGAAAACCUUCCUCGGGGACUGAAAGUGCUGCACCUCCGUAACAACAGAAUUACAUCGGUCAGCCGAGAAACCUUCUCUGAGCUUAAGAAUAUUAAUGAACUGGACUUGUCCAAAAACUGUUAUUACUGGAACCGUUGCGGCAAGGAGUACGAUGCUGGAAAUCGGAGCUUCUCAAACUUAACCGAGUUAAACUAUUUGAACUUGGCCUAUAAUAACUUAAGUAGUGUUCCAGAAGAACUACCAAGCUCUCUACACACCCUGCACCUCGGCUUUAACCGCAUAAGGCUGAUUACUAGUGAGGACUUCAGACGGCUGACCAACCUGAACGUUCUCCUGCUCCUGGGAAAUUGCCAACGAUGUCACAAUUCACCUUAUCCGUGUGAGCCUUGCGAAAACAUUGAGAUUCAUGACCGGGCCUUUCACUCUCUCACUAAACUAGAGACACUGAACCUUGCAGGGAACUCUCUCAGGAUAAUAAAAAAAUCCUGGUUUGCAAGUUUGAGAAAUCUAAAAAUCCUGGGCCUCUCAUUUAACUUUUUAUCUGACCCUAUUACUACGGGUGGCUUUAUGGAUAAUUUACCGCAUCUGGAGUUAAUUGACCUGUCCUACAACUAUGCGCUGAAGGAGUAUCCCUCAACAUGCAAGCUUUCAGCAGAUUUUUCUAAAUUAGUGUCUCUUAGGGUAAUACAUCUACAGGGUUAUGUGUUUAAAGAAAUUUGCCAUGAUACUUUGAGUGCCCUGUCAGGCCUAAGAAAUCUCACUGUGUUGGAUUUGGGGACAAAUUUCAUCGUCCAUGCAGAUUCCGCUGUGUUUAAAAAAUUUGGAAAUGUCAAACUAAUAUAUCUGUCGGAAAACAGACUCUAUCCCACGACCAACAGUUCCCACGAAGACCGGUGCAGGAAGCUAUACGGAGACAAUGGCAUGGGUGUCGGUCUUAAUCCAGGUCCCCACGUGAACCCUCUCUUGACAGGACCUGGCGAGAAACACAAAAUGGAUGACAGGUAUUCGCUAACGCAUGCUCUCGUGAAGCAUGAAUGCUUCGCUUCGGGUCGAGUUCUGGACCUCAGCUCCAACAACAUCUUCUUCAUCUCCCCAGUGCAAUUUGUGGAUUUUGAGAACAUCUCCUGCUUGAACCUUUCCAGGAAUGGCUUUGCAGCAGCUCUGAAUGGAACUGAAUUCCUUCCUUUGUCGAACCUGAAGUACCUGGACCUGUCCUACAACAAGAUAGACCUGGCCUACGACGGAGCCUUCUCUGAGCUAAAAAAACUGGAGGUGCUGGACCUGAGCUACAACCCUCAUUAUUUCAUUGUGUCUGGUGUGACGCACAAUUUCAAUUUUUUGGAGAAUCUGCCUUCUUUGAAAGUGCUCAAUCUGAGCAAUAAUAAUAUCUUCACUUUAACCAGUAAGACUAUGAAAAGCAAUUCUCUUACAGAGCUGCAGUUCCACGACAAUCGCCUGGGAAUAUUAUGGAAAGUGAAUGAUGGCUCCUAUGACAAUCUUUUCAAAUAUCUGCUGAACCUGUCAUAUCUUGACAUAUCUCACAACGGCAUUAAAAAUAUUCCACAGAAAAUCAUGGAAAACCUACCAAAAAACAUAACUAAACUGUGUUUAGGCUACAAUUCAAUAGACGAUUUUGGAUGGCAUAAUCUGACGUUGUUUCCCAACCUUCAGUUUCUAGACCUGAGCCACAAUCUCAUCGCAGAGGUGCCCGCGAAUCUUUCGGGCUUGUCGAAAACGCUCGAGACGCUCGACCUGAGUCACAACAGAAUCGCGCGGCUGCCGGACGGCUUCCUGAGAGGCGCGGGGAACGUCCGCGUGCUCGACCUCUCCUACAACCUGCUGGUCCACGUCAACAGGUCCGCCUGCGAGGCCGCGCAGACGAACUACACCCAGGUGCUGCGUCUGGGCGGAAACCCGUUCCACUGCAUGUGCGACACCCUGGACUUCAUCCUGUGGCUGCGGAUGUCCCGGGACGUGAAGAUCCCCCGCCUGGCAAAGGUGGUCAACUGCGCCCUGCCGCCCCAGUGGCGGGGGAAGAGCGUGAUCGACUUCGACAUAACGCAGUGCAUAGACGACAGCGUAGCCUUCCUCUUCUACUUCCUGUCCGCCACCGUCGUCAUCCUCACCACGGCGUCGGCCGUCACCAUGCACCUCUUCUACUGGGACGCCUCCUACGCCCUGCGCUACUGGAGGGCCCGGCUGAGGGGCUACCGCCGGCUGGCGUCGGGCGCCAACGACUACGACGCCUUCGUGGCGUACGACGCCGCGGACCCCCUCGUCUCCGAGUGGGUGCUGAACAGCCUGCGGGCGGAGCUGGAGGAGCGGGGCGACCGGCUGCACCCCGUCUGCCUGGAGGAGCGGGACUGGACGCCGGGCACGCCCGUGCUGGACAACCUGAGCCGCAGCGUCGGGCGCAGCCGCAAGACGGUGUUCGUGCUGACCGAGCGCUACGCGCGCAGCGGCGCCUUCCGCAUGGCGGCGUACCUGGCGCACCAGCGGCUGCUGGAGGAGAACGAGGACGUGAUCGUGCUGCUGCUGCUGGAGCCCGUGCUGCGGCACUCGCGCUUCCUGCGGCUGCGCCGGCGCCUCUGCGGCCCCAGCGUGCUGGACUGGCCCCGGAACCCCGCCGCGCAGCGCUGGUUCUGGCAGUGCCUGCGGAACGCCAUCCGCGUGGACAACCAGGCCAUGUACAGCAAGGAGUACUCCCGCUACUUCACCAGCAGCAAGUGAAUCCGGCUUUACGCACACACACACACAUGCACAUGCACACACACACACACAUGCGCAUGCACACGCACACACAUGCGCAUGCACACGCACACGCACAUGCACAUGCACACGCACAUGCACACAUGCACACACAAGCACACACACACACACAUGCACUCACUUACACGCACGCACACACAUGCACACACACACGCAAGCACAUGCACAUGCACAUGCACAUGCACUCACUCACACACGCACAUGCACAUGCACUCACUCACACACACACACACACACACACACUCACACACUCACAAACACACACACACACCCACACGCACGCGCACACAUACACACACACACACGCAAGCACAUGCACACACCCACACACACACAUCCACACACACACGCACACACAUACACACACACGCGCAAGCACACACACACACCCACACACACACAUCCACACACACACGCACACACAUACACACACACGCGCAAGCACACACACACAAACACACACACACACACAUCCACACACACACAUACACUACACACACACAUGCAAACAUGUGCGCAUGGACAAAACAAAGCACAGCCAUGUAAAAAUACUCUCCUGAUGGGCAAUACCCCUACUUUGAGCUCAUCAGCACCUCUCCAUAUGUACCAUAUUGCUGAAAUGUAUUUUUAGCACAUUUAUUUUACAAGCAGAGGUUUCAGUUCUUUUGACUUAGCACCUUUAAAAAAUCUGUCCAUUAUCUAACCCACUUACACCUGGUCAGGGUUGCUGGGGGUGCUGGAGCCUAUCCCAGCAUGCAUUUGGCAAGAGGGAGGAAUACACCCUGGAAACAUUCAUUCACUCACACCUCAUUCUGCUUUAAUAAAUCUUUCAAUUAGGGUUUGAUGCACAUCACUGUUAAAUUUGUGUGGUAUGCAAGCAAAAUAUUUUGUGCGUCCACUAGAUGUCAGCAAAACAACAUAAUUGAUAUAAUGCAUAAUUUAAUUUUUUUUUUUAAAGCCUUGCAUUAAGAGAAUGUGCUUAUUACAUGCCAUGAUUGACAAGCUGUUUUCAAGGAAAUGUACAAUAAUAAGGAUCCAUUAGUUUUUUUGCAUUUUAUGAGUUUUCCAAAAUUAUUUUUUUAUCACUCUGUUUAUUGAGCAGUUAAGAAUUAUCUGCAUGGACAACAUGUUUUCAUGUAAAUACCUUUUUAAUAAAAUGGGCUCACUUGAAGCAGUAGAGGAGAA